GGAGGCGGGGCAUCAAGGGCGGGGCCCCGGGGUCCCUCAAAGGCGCGAACCCGAGGUUUCCGCCCUGUGCUGUCCCACAGCCAUCUCCAGGUCCGGUGUAGUCGUGUCCUGAACGCGCAGCCAUGCCCAAGUGCCCCAACUGCGGGAAGGAGGUGUACUUUGCCGAGCGGGUGACUUCAAUGGGCAAGGACUGGCAUCGAGCCUGCCUGAAGUGUGCAAAGUGUGGAAAGACACUGUCCGCCGGGUCUCACUCUGAGCAUGAAGGCAAGCCUUACUGCAACCACCCCUGCUACUCUGCCAUGUUUGGACCCAAAGGCUUUGGGCGGGGUGGUGCUGAAAGUCACACUUUCAAGUAGACCCAGAUUUCAGAGCCCCCAUCCUGGGCCACCUGCUGGGUCGCUCGUCAUCUGGGUAGAUGCCAGGCCAUAGUCCCAGAGAUCUAGGGCUCCCAACAGGUCAUCAUGUCCUCAAUAAACCUGAACACUUGGAAGA